AUGAGCGGGAAUAACAUAGAAGGGAAGUCUACUGGCAUCAAAUCAUCCCAAAAUGUCACAAUUCCAAAUCAAUUUCAAAAUAACAGUUCUUCUGAGAGCAAUAUUAAAUCUAUGGGAAUAAAAUCAAAACAAUCACCCUCAAAUAUACUCUCUAGCGCUAGUAACUGUGGCGAUGAUAAAAACAACCCUAGUACCGGAAAGGAUUCAGGUGUCAAGGCUAUGGGACCAUAUGAACAGUGCAACAUAUGCGGGAGACUUUGCGAUCGUGCGGGACAUAUUCAGUGUGCAGAAUGUGAAAACUUUCACAUAUGUCUGACUUGUUUCUGCAGUGGUUCUGAAAAGCCAUCUAACCAAUCCACCGCUUUUGUACCUACUGAUAAUGUUUAUAAACACAAAAAUAACCACAAAUACAUACCAAUUGGGGUUAACAAUAUGCCCUUAUUCACUAUAGACUGGACCUCUGAGCAGGAGCUGUUGCUGCUGGAGGGGUUAAGUAAGUAUGGCUUGGGUAAUUGGAAGCAAAUAUCGGAACUUGUUAACAUAUCCAACGGGUAUCCAAAAUCUGCAAGCAACUGCCAGAAGCACUACUACGAGGUCUACAUAAAUUCAGCCAAUCCGCCAUUACCUGAUCUCAACAGUAUAAUACUGCCAGAUAAAAAUCAACCGCCGCCUCCAUGCUCCCCCAUCGACGAGUGCACGGACUCAACUAUAGCGUCACCAGAAACUACAACACACUCAAACACUAAUAAACCUCAAACAUUUGGUUACUGGCCAUUGAGAGGCGAUUUUGACGUGGAGUAUGACAAUGAUGCAGAACUUAUUCUUGCAGAUAUGGAAUUCCGUGACGAUGACACACCGCAGCAAAAGGAACUGAAGCUUAAAGUCAUUGAGAUAUAUAAUUCUAAGCUUGAUGAGAGGAUUUACCGUAAGCGGAUCAUUAUUGAAAGGGGUCUGCUAGAUUCUAAAAGUACGCAGCAGAGGGAAAAGAAAUUGACAAGUGAGGAAAGGGAACUGUAUAAUAUUUUACGUCCAUUCAACCGAUUUCACUCACCCGAAUCCCAUGAGCAACUCAUUCAACUCCUGGUCCAAGAGCGCAAAAUUAGAUCUAGGUUGUAUCAGUUACUGCUAUGGAAAUCCUUAGGCCUGGAAUCAAUUCAAGACGUAUAUGAAUAUGAAUAUGAUAGAGCAACUAAAAGAAGACAUUUUGAAAAUGAAUCUAGGAUUAUAACCUCCAUUGCGGUUAGGGAUAAGAAUGCUAGGACGAAGAGCAAUGUAAAGAAGGAAACAGCAACAAGCGUUGUGACAACAGAAUUGGAUGCAAAGGCCAAAAUAAUUUCUGAGUGUCUAGAAGAGAAGGAGAUUGAAUUUUGUAAUACUUAUGGGAUCCCUCCUAUAGUAUUUUUCAUGGCUAAACGAGUGCUGUUAGAAGAAAUCGCCACCAAUCCCUUAAUUUCAAUUGAUCAAAAUUGUAAAUCACUAGACUUGGAUGUCACUAAACAUGGCAGAUUGUUCGAUUUUAUCCUAAAUUUAACGCCGCACGCCCCCUAUCAAAAUUCUGAGCUAGAACCAAUCGUAGAUUUAUCAGCGCUUCCAUUGAAUAACAAGGGGAAGAUAGACUCAAAAUAUAUUGCAUCUGAAAUUUUACCUCCUAGUUAA